ACUAUGCCUCUUAUGGUUCCGCUGGGGGGAAAAACAGCCGAUGCAGUCCUCGUCGCCUGCAGCCAGUCUGACAUCGACCACUGAUAAACCGUGCAGACGAUAAUUAGCAUGACAUGUAGCAGUGUUUAAGCCUAGCAUCGCCUGAGCAGCACCAAUCAGUGUGACGGCGCUUUUCCAGUAAGGUAUGGGCAGGGUGUAGUUUGUGUCAGUAGCUCGUCUGUUUGUGUUGUGGUGGUGAUGGAGAAUACCGAGGAGCAGUCUUCGCCCCUCCGUAUCACCCCUACUGUCCGGGCGCUGAGCUCCGCACUGCGAGGAAAGCGUGAAAAUGUAUCCGAUUCCGGCCGGGAGAAUGGGGACAGGCUCUUUCCAGACCCAGAGAAGCUUUGGUUCAAGGAAAGCAGCGCGAAAAACCUGCGGAACAGGGACUUCUUAUCGCCGACCACGAUGCUCAACACGCUGUAUGCCGACGGGCAGGUCCCUUCCGCAGUGAUGUCCAGGGUCUUGUCCCUUCGUGGCAGUGGGGUUCUCCCUGUGGCUGGUGGGGAGGUAAUGGGUGAAGGGUUGCGGGUGAGGGUGGACCGGGCAGCAGCCUUCAGGUCUGUCCUGGCGGGUGGAGCCACAGAAUACUUCAAGCCCUCGAGUCAGAAGCAAGGGUGUGUGGUGCUGAACUGCCCCGCACUGCACCCUAAACCAGACACUCUCACUCCUGAAACACUGACUCUGGGCCAGCUGAGGACUGUUCUGCUGGCUGACCACAUGGGGGCGCUGUUAAGAAGACAGGGGUUUGCAGUGUCCUACUGCCCGACACUUCCUGAAGACAGCAACAUCAUCACCUUUCUACGAAGUCUGGGCAUCGACUGGCCAGCAGCCGAAGCCAACUGGACCAACGAGGAGCGAGAGGAAAAGAUUCAGGCGGCGCUGGAGAACUCCACAUACAGACAGAGAGAAACAGAGAGAGGCAGGAGGACCAGCGGAGGAGGGAAGAAGAUGGAGGAGGAGGAGAGCGAAGGGGCGCUCAGGGUCAACCUGAAACGAGCGUUCCAAGAGGAGGGGCUUCUGGGAUACGACCCCAGCCUUGGUACUUGCACAGUCCACAGAGACAGCGUUUCCCACCUUGCACAACUGGACCUAGCCACAUCCGACUGCACGGUACCCAUGGCAACAGUGUUACAUGUGACUUCCUGUCAGGAUGAGUUCCGCCAGCAGCAGAUAGCAGUGCUUUGGAGAGCAAGUGGAGCAACGCAUACGCAGAGACAUCUGGUGUGUGGGCCAGUGAAGACUCCCGGUUCUCAGCUCACUGCUGCACAGUACCUGCAGCUGAGGAGAGGUCAGAUGAAGGAGGCCUCAGAGAUGAAGUAUGGAGAUCAAGUAGAAGGUCAGACAUGGGAUGACAUCAUCAGGGUUAUGACUUCUGCCACGGUCAGAUUUGAGCUGCUGUCAACGGUCCACACAAGUCCUGUGACAUUGGAUGUCCAGAAAGAAGGGGGCGUGUCCACCAAAGGGCCCAGAGGAGGAGUGUUUGUCAUGUACAACUGUGCCAGACUGCACACUCUGUUCGACAGCUACGAGAGAGGAGUGGAGAAGGGUCUAUACCCAGAAAUCCCUGAGGGCUCCCAGCUGGACUUCUCUGCUCUAAAAGAAGAGGGCGAGUGGCUUCUCCUUUUCAAUUAUCUCAUCCCAUUCUCUGAGUUGCUGGACCAAUCAGGACAAGCUUUAGACUGUGAAGGGGGAGGAGCCAGAGUCAAUAUUAAGACUGAACAGAUCUGUAAAUUUCUCGUGUCACUCAGCAAAGACUUCAGUUCGUACUACAACAGAGUCCACGUGCUUGGGGAGCCGCUGCCUCAUCUCUUCAACCAGAUGUUUUGUCGUCUGUAUCUGCUCAGAGCAUUGAGAGAGCUCUACCACAGCGCUCUGGACACCCUUAACCUUCCACCCAUCAGACAACUAUAGCCCGACACGUCUCCUGGGAUCACCUCACCUCUCGUCUCACUCAAACGCACAAUCACCUCUGUUUUGUGGUAGUAGCAACAUCUUGUACACAACUAGUUAUCUUUUUUUUUUUUGGGAUAAGAAGUCUCCAUGUCACCUUCCCCUUGAAGUGUAAGUGCGCUCUGGGGCUGUUACGGUCAAUUAGGAGCUAUUUUUGUAUCUUCCCGGUGUGUAGUUUUAACAGCUUUUUGUCUCUGAUAACUGAAGCUUACCCAUAUACUAUCAUAUGUAAGUCAAUCAAAUAUGUACACAGAGCUGUUUCUUAACAUCUUAAAGGUCACAUAUUAUCCUCUUUUUCAAAAAGUUUAAAUAAGACUCAGAGCUCCCCAAAACAUGUCUGUGAAGUUUCUUGUUCUAAAUCCACUCUGAUCCUGUAUUUGAUCAUGCCUAUAAACCCCUCUAUUUCAGCCCUGCUCAGAACAGGCUGUUUCUGUGUCUGUACCUUUAAAUAUGUAAAUGAGCUGUGUUUAACCACGCCCCCUCUCUGGAAUGGCUUCAUGCCCAAUUGUUUACGGUGAGAAGGCAGACUCAGAGGACAGAACAAACACCUAGCUGUGGAAGUGUCCCCCAUCUGGUGGAGGGGUUACUGCCCUUUGUGAUGUCAUCAAGGAAAAAACAGCCUGUUUUAGCACACAGCAAGUGGAGCAGGUAAAAGACGGAGAGGAUGAACUUUUCUCAUAACUGGGGAGUCUGUAGACAGACUCGGGACACAUAUUAGUGUUAGAGAAACCUGGUGAAGUGGAUUUUGCAUAAUAUGUGACCUUUAAGUUAUCUGCAGACUGGAUUGUCCUAUAUGCUUACAACAAAUCAGCAUUUUAACAGCAAAUAGGAACUCUACAGUUUGUCAGCCAAGAAAGACAGGAAGUUUUUUUUUAUCUGUUUAAGCCCUAAUUAACCUUCCCUUAUUUCACUCCAAUCAUGUAAGAUAAAGUAGAUUUAUAUGCCCUUUGACCUAAUUACCCCUUAAGGCUAAGCCACACACACGUGAGACUUUUAUUAUGAUUAUCGUGCCAUAAUCCAACCAGUAGUAAAGACAUCCUGUUUAAAUGUGUUUCUUUUUGUAAUCACAGCGGCCCCCUUACUUAUCGUCACUCACAGUAUCUCACAGUAAAACAUGUCAUAGCCACUGCCAGAUUGAAGAAGUCCUGUUCAAGUAGAAGUGUGAGUUACCCGCCCUGUAUUUAUCAGUGCCAUACAAAUAUUUAUUGUCUGUUUGAAGAAAAAAAAAAGAGAUGUGUACAGAAUAUAUAUUCUGCAUAAUAAGUCUUAAUUGCUUUGUUCAUAUAUUAUUGUUAAUGAAUUCUGCUCGACAAAUCAUAAAUACUCUGUAUCUAAAGAAACACCACCAGUACCAGUCCUAACAGUGUUCAUAAGUUAUUCACAAAACCCAUCAAACAGCAGGCAUCAUACGGUUAAGAGAUGCAUGACAUGGCAUGAAUAUAAUAUAUUAAGAGUUGAUUCUAAAAAAAAUGUAUUUAUGAACUUUGGUAGCUGAGAGCAUUUGACCCAAGUCUGAUCCUUAAGUAUCAUUCAAAUGUGAAGAGUUGUCCCAUCGUCCAUCAAAAUGUGCCAUAGCUUGUUUUUAACCUUCUGCUUCCAUUCAUUUUGUACGUUUGUGUUUUUUUGAACAAUUCAUGUUGGAUCUAAACAGUAAAUGUACACAAGUAUCAAAUGUCUUAAGAACACACCUCUUUAUGCAUGAGAUGUUUUGUCUUAAAAGGGAAUGUUUACAACGUGCAGAUUUAUUUCCAGUCUUUGUUCUCCAAGGUUAUUAACACUGUAUUAAAGGGGACUUUCAUCCUUUCCUUAUGCUGUUCCCUGCCUCACUGUAUUUAAACAUCUGUGCUUUAUACAAUAUGUUCACUCGGUGCAUUUCUCUCCCGCCAUGUUUUCACCCCUCAGGCCUCAGCAUCUCUGACCUUCUUCCCCCCGUCUCUCACACUUUCCUCCCUCCUCCUAGCCACCCUAACCACAAUCUCCUGCCAGGAGCACUUAAAGCCUUUUAAUCUGGGUGGUGUUCUAUACACUGCCAUACAAAGCUGGCAGAGUUUGCUAGUCCUAAUUGUAGGUACAAUGUUUUUGGAAAACCCUGAUAUGAGGGUUUUUAACAGGAUACUGAAAUAUGAACAUGAUUCAAGUGUCCUUUCUUUACAAUACAUCUAAAACUAAGAAAAAACCUUGCCUUAAUUAAUCAUCCAAUAUGGGCUAUGUCAAACAUUUUCAGUCCCUUGUUUCCAAAGGCGAAAUAAAACAUUUCUGAAAUAGAAACGCAUUAAAAACACAAUCAGGCCAACUUCUUUCCUAUCCUGAAUCAUGACCACUAACAUCUCUGACCCUCAUGUGAAUGUAGUGUAAUGAAACUCUCUCCUACACACAUCUGCCUGCCUACAGUUUCUGUGAGUUUCCUGUCUGCAGAAUAAAAAUAACCAUGACAGACUCUUUACUAUCUUGUUUGUGUUUUCAGUGUAUAGAAGGAUGUUCCCUCCUGACACCGUUAUACUACAGAUACAUCUGCUCAUGCUCCACUGACACACUCUGCCCUUCAGCCACACAGAUCCAACAAUAUGCACAUGUAGACGUUUGUAUAUGUGAUGCUGUAAGCAGUGAUUCACCACUUAAGAUACAGCAGUGAAUCACUGUUCACUAGAGCGUUGGUCCCUGUCAUUCACAGAAAUAAAUAAAAUAUGUACCUUUCA